CUCCCGAUUGUGGCGGGGACCAUGGACAUUCGCCACUUCUUCUCUGGAUUGACCAUUCCCGAUGGGGGCGUGCAUAUUGUAGGGGGUGAACUGGAUGGCUUCCUGCGUGUCCCGCGUGGAGCUGUCCGUGUCCUGCCGCAGCCUCCUCGACAAGGACCUGCGCUCCAGGUCGGACCCGCUCUGCGUCCUGCUGCAGGACGCGGGGGGCGGCCGCUGGGCUGAGCUGGAUCGCACGGAGAGGAUCAAGAACUGCCAAGACCCCGAGUUCUGCAAGAAACUGGUUGUGGAUUACUACUUUGAGAAAGUGCAGAAGCUGAAAUUCGGCGUGUAUGACAUCGAUAACAAGACCUUUGAUUUAAAUGAUGAUGACUACCUGGGAGGGGUUGAGUGCACGCUGGGACAGGUUGUGUCCAGCUCUGUGUUCACCCGACCGCUGGAACUGGAGCGGGGAAAGCCAGCAGGGAAGGGCACUAUUACGAUUUCAGCAGAGGAGAUUAAAGAUACCAGGGUUGUGUACCUAGAAAUGGAAGCCCAAAACUUGGACAAAAAGGAUUUCUUGGGUAAAUCCGAUCCGUUUCUGGAGUUCUACAAGCAGGGUGAUGCUGGAAUGUGGCAGCUCGUGUACAGAUCAGAGGUGAUCAAGAACAACCUAAAUCCGUGCUGGAGGAAGUUCAGUGUUCCCUUGCAGACGUUCUGUGGUGGAGAUUUUAAUAAACCUAUCAAGGUGCAGUGUUCAGACCACGACAGCGAUGGCUCCCAUGACCUGAUCGGUGCUGUGCAGACGACCCUGGCGCAGAUGCAAACAGCCAGCCCCGGCUCCCCGGUGGAAUUUGAAUGCAUUCAUCCUGAGAAAAAACAAAAGAAAAAGAGCUAUAAAAACUCUGGCAUUAUUAGGGUAAAAUCCUGCAAGAUUGAGACAGAAUAUUCCUUCCUGGACUACGUGAUGGGAGGCUGCCAGAUUAACUUCACAGUGGGUGUAGACUUCACUGCCUCCAAUGGAGAUCCCAACUCACCAGAUUCUCUUCACUACAUCAGCCCAGAUGGGAUAAAUGAGUACCUGAUUGCCAUCUGGAGUGUGGGAAGUGUAGUCCAGGAUUAUGACACGGACAAGCUGUUUCCUGCAUUUGGGUUUGGAGCUCAGGUUCCUCCUAGCUGGCAGGUAUCUCAUGAAUUUGCGUUGAACUUCAACCCCAGCAACCCUUAUUGCCCAGGGAUCCAAGGGGUGGUGGAUGCCUACCGCCAGAUCCUGCCCCAGAUCCGACUCUACGGGCCAACCAACUUCUCUCCCAUCAUAAACCACGUGGCGAGGUUUGCAGCACACUCCGUGCAACAGGGGACUGCUGCACACUAUUAUAUCCUGCUGAUCAUCACAGACGGAGAGAUCACUGACCUGGACCAAACCAGGCAGGCGAUUGUCGAUGCCUCCAAGCUGCCCAUGUCCAUCAUUAUCGUGGGCGUUGGCGCAGCCGAUUUCAAAGCCAUGGAGUUCCUGGAUGGAGACAAUGGUGUCCUGAAGUCUGUGACAGGAGAGCCGGCUGCACGGGACAUCGUGCAGUUUGUGCCCUUCCGGCAGUUCAAAAAUGCUCCCCGGGAAGCGCUGUCCCAGGUGGUCCUUGCUGAAGUGCCCAAGCAGUUGGUGUCCUACUAUAAAUGGAAGGGGUGGCCCCCCCUGAAGCCCCCGGAAAUCAAGGCCAUGUAAUUCAGGCUGGCCUGUCCCGCUGGGUGAGGAGCUGCCUGCAGCCACGUUCUCCCUGGCACACCACGGGUGCUCAGGGCCUGGAGAUUGCGCUGCUCACACCACUUCUUUCACCUGCCUGCGCUCUGAGUCUCAUCUUUCCUGUUCCUAAAUGGAAGAGCUGGAAAUACGGGGAGAACCCCCAACUGCUGGAAGUUUUUUGUCACAGAAAAAAACGACCUUGUUGGUUUUGCACCUUGCAACAGUGUCUGGUUGUGACACAUCGCACCAGGUGUCAUUGCUCUGCUGGCUCUCAGGCAGUGCACUGAGCUGCUCACAUGGCACUGCUGCGGUGCUGAGCUGCAGGGGAGAAGUGUUGCAGCCAU